AUGGCGCAGCCGGGGCCCCACCCUGGAGCCAGGCCCGGGGAUGGGGCUCGUAUGCGAGCGCCUGGUGGCCGGGCCUCUCCGCACGGGGUCCGGCCGGGCUCAGCCCGAAGAAGCGACGUGGGACCGUCUUCCCGUGGGCUCACCACCUGCAGGAGGAGCCGUAAGGGGCCGGUGCAGAGAGGAUUGGGCGGCAGUCGAAGGCAGGGGCCACGGCGACCCGAUCCCUGGACACGGAAUCUAGCCUUAGGGACGUGGAACGUCACCUCACAGGCGGGGAAGGAGCCCGAGAUUGUGCGUGAGGUUGAGAGGUUCCGACUAGAGAUAGUCGGGAUCACCUCUACGCAUGGCUUGGGCUCUGGAACCUUACUCCUUGAGAGAGGAUGGACUCUUCACCACUCUGGAGUUGCCCAUGGUGAGAGGCGGCGGGCUGGUGUGGGUUUGCUUAUAGCCCCCCAGCUCAGCCGCCAUGUGUUGGAGUUUACCCCGGUGAACGAGAGGGUCGUUUCUCUGCGCCUACGGGUCGGGGAUAGGUCUCUCACUGUCGUUUGUGCCUACGGGCCAAACGGCAGUGCAGAGUACCCGGCCUUCUUGGAGUCUCUGGGAGGGGUGCUGGAAAGUGCCCCGACUGGGGACUCCGUUGUUCUACUGGGGGACUUCAACGCUCACGUGGGUAAUGACAGUGACACCUGGAGGGCGUCGACGGUCAACAUAAAAGCACCACCGCACGCCGGGAGCGACUACUACAACUACAAGGGCGCACACUCCAUUGUUCUGAUGGCUACUUGUGACGCCAGGUAUCGCUUCACCAUGGUGGAUGUGGGGGGAUACGGACGGGAAAGUGAUGGUGGUGUCUUCAAGGAGAGCCGAUUUGGUUCUAGGCUUCUUGAAUGUAAACUGAACCUGCCCCCACCAGCCAAUCUUCCUGGAACAGGAGUCAAAAUCCCACAUGUGAUAGUUGGUGAUGCUGCAUUCCCCCUACACAACAACCUCAUGCGUCCCUUUCCAGGGAUGAACCUGCCCAUGGAUAAGCAGACAUACAAUUACCGUCACUCCAGAGCCAGACGUGUGAUUGAGAAUGCAUUUGGCAUUAUGGUUGCAAGGUGGCGAAUCCUCGGGCGACCUCUGGAAUGUCUGCCAGACAAAGCAGUUGACAUCGUAAAAGCUUGUUCUGUUUUACACAACUUCCUUGCCUACACAGAUGAGGUCACCACACCUGUUAGCAGAUACAUCCCUGCUAAUUUCACAGACACUGACACUGCAGGGUCACCUCAGCAAGGGGAGUGGCGCAGAGUGGUGUCAGGGGACACAAAUCUUUUGGAGCCACUUGAUCCACGUCACCUUUCAAGGGCCCGCUCCACCCGAGCUGCAGUUGGUGUGCGGAAUGACCUGAUGGCCUUCUUUCAGUCACCCCACGGAAUUGUGCCAUGGCAGAACAACAUAGUGUGCCGUGGUCAACUUGAUCUGUAAAUUGUACUGGUGUAAAAUAUAUGCACCUAUAAAUGAC